AUGCUUUUUAACUUGGCAGUGCACAUUAAGGAGCAGACAGACUAUAUGCAGCAUUCUGACUGUCAGAUGGAGACACAGUGUGCGGAACAAAUUAAAGAGGAGUCCUCAUGCUCGGAAAGUGAGGAAUGCAGCAUGAGUAAGGCAGCAUUGCCGGCUAGCCUGUGCACCGAACACAAACCCUUAUGUUCGGACAGCACAAGCUAUGGUGUAAGCGAGGCAGAAAAGCUCGCUGAUGAGCUAAAGGAGGAGGCACUGUGUUCAGACGGCAUGGAGUGUGGCAUGACUGGCAUGAGCGAGUCAACCAUGCUGGCUGGUGUGGAUACUGACCAUGAUGUAAAGGAUGAGUUUGUGCUCGGAUCAGAGCAUGUGAAGGAAGAGCCUUCAUUGUCAGAGAGCGUAGAGUAUGGAAUGAGUGAGGCGGCCAUGCUGGCAGACCUAUACGCUGACCACGUCGUAAAGGAUGAGUUAGUGCUGGGGCCGGAGCAUCCACAUCGGCCAGAUGUUUCUCUGGUAGCCCUCGACUGGGCGCUAGCUGACGAGGAUGUUUGCCUGCAGGAGUCUCAGGAGCACACCUCACAGCCGGCACUGAAGGACUGCUGCGUAAGGCUCGAGCGCCUCCACUACGGAGCCCCUGCCAAGCACACCAUACAAGACACCACUCACACUGACAGUGAACCUUAUUCUGAAGAUGAAAUGUACACUAAAGUUGACUGUGAGAGUGUGACUGAUCCGGUGUGUGAUCUUUGUGGCAAGAAGUUUUCUCUGAACUCUGAUUUAUUGAAGCAUGUCAUGACCCACAUUCACACGUCUAGUGUGCAGCAAGAAGGCAGCCGGCCUGUUGUCGCUGAUUACGUAUUUGAAGAAAAGCCGUUACAGGAGCGCGUCCUUAGUGGAGACUCUCCGCUCGCGCUCCGAGACUGCUGCGUGCGGCUCGAACACCUCCAACACCACGAGGCGCUCGCCGGCAACGACACAACACGUACUGACACGGAAUCUGAUACUGAAAACAUAUAUGCUAGAGACUGUAUCGUUAACAAUCGUACAACAACUAGUGGCACAGACAAUGAUAAUGAAAAUAUAUAUGCUAGAGACUGUAAGAGGAUGUUUAUAUGCGAUCUUUGUGGCAAAAAGUUCGCUUUGAAGGCGGGUUUAAUGAAACAUGUUGUAAUCCAUAUACAUGUACCUACUAACGCUGGAUCGAUUGAACCAAAUACUUCACAAGACAAAAUAAGCAUAAAUAUCUUGAAUGAAAACUCAGAUAUAGAUGAAUAUGUGUGUGACACUUGCAGAAAAACAUUUCGCCGCAAAUAUGACUUGAUUCGUCAUAUACAAAACACGCACACGCAAACAAGUUCUAAAAUAAUAAAACCAGAGCCAACGGUCUAUGAAUGUAAUAAAGAAGGUAAGAAAACUUAUUCCUGCGAGACAUGUGGAAUACAAUUUACACAAAAAAUGUAUUUGAUUACACAUAAACGAAUUCACAGUGCCGAAAGGCCUUAUUCGUGUAACAUAUGUGAAAAACGGUUUAAAACUUCUGGUUGUUUGAAAAUUCAUGAACGUGUUCAUACUGGUGUAAAGCCAUAUUCGAGCGAACCGUGUAACAAGCAGUUUCAGGAUGUGCGACUAUUAAACAAACAUAAAAAAGUUCAUACAGGUGAAAAACCAUAUAUGUGCGAAAUAUGUAAAAAACAGUUUUCGAACAUACUGUUUUUAAAUAUACACAAAGUUACCCACACGGGUAUUACGUGUGAAAUUUGUAAGGAACAUUUUAGGCAAUGGGAAAAAUUUCGAAUUCAUAAGCGAACUCACACAGGCGGGACGAUAUAUACGUGCGCGCUGUGUAAUAUGAAGUUUGCAAGUGUCUGGAAAUUCAAUGCGCACAAACGAACACAUACGAACGAGACACCAUACGCAUGUGGAAUAUGUGGAAAGCGGUAUACACGAGCUUCUCAUUUAACGAGACAUAAUCGGUAUCACACUGGUGAAAAACCGUUCUCCUGUAAGAUGUGUGAUAAGAAAUAUUCGGAACAAGAUUCUUUGAGCAAACACAUACUAAGCCAUACUGGAGCGAAGCCUUAUUCUUGCUAUGUCUGCAAAAAACGGUUCGCGCAUAAGGGCAAUUUGAAGGCACACAUACUAAGCCAUACUGGAGCGAAGCCUUAUUCUUGCGAAAUCUGCAAAAGACGGUUCGCGCACAAGGGCAGUUUGAACACACACAUACUAAGCCAUACUGGAGCGAAGCCUUAUUCUUGCGAAAUCUGCAAAAAACGGUUCGCGCAUAAGGGCAAUUUGAAGGUACACAUACUAAGCCAUACUGGAGCGAAGCCUUAUUCUUGCGAAAUCUGCAAAAAACGGUUCGCGCACAAGGGCAAUUUGAACACACACAUACUAAGCCAUACUGGAGCGAAGCCUUAUUCUUGCGAAAUCUGCAAAAAACGGUUCGCGCACAAGGGCAAUUUGAACACACACAUACUAAGCCAUACUGGAGCGAAGCCUUAUUCUUGCGAAAUCUGCAAUAAACGGUUCGCGCAUAAGGGCAGUUUCAACACACACAUACUAAGCCAUACUGGAAGCAAUUUGAACAGACACAUACUAAGCCAUACUGGAGCGAAGCCUUAUUCUUGCGAAAUCUGCAAUAAACGGUUCGCGCGUAAGGGCAGUUUCAACACACACAUACUAAGCCAUACUGGAGCGAAGCCUUAUUCUUGCGAAAUCUGCAAUAAACGGUUCGCGCAUAAGAGCUAUUUGAACACACACAUAUUAAGUCAUACUGGAGCGAAGCCUUAUUCUUGCGAAAUCUGCAAAAAACGGUUCGUGCGAAAGUCCAUUCUGAUCACACACAUACGAAGCCAUACUGGAUCGAAGCCUUAUUCUUGCGAAAUCUGCAAAAAACGGUUCGCGCAAAAGGGUAAUUUGAACACACACAUACGAAGCCAUACUGGAGCGAAGCCUUAUUCUUGCGAAAUCUGCAAAAAACGGUUCACGCGAAAGUUCAUUUUGAACACACACGUGCGAAGCCAUACUGGAGCGAAGCCUUAUUCUUGCGAAAUCUGCAAAAAACGGUUCGCGCAAAAGAGCAAUUUGAACAGACACAUACUAAGCCAUACUGGAGCGAAGCCUUAUUCUUGCGAAAUCUGCAAUAAACGGUUCGCGCAUAAGGGCAGUUUCAACACACACAUACUAAGCCAUACUGGAGCGAAGCCUUAUUCUUGCGAAAUCUGCAAAAAACGGUUCGCGCAAAAGAGCAAUUUGAACACACACAUACGAAGCCAUACUGGAGCGAAGCCUUAUUCUUGCCUUGCUUAAGAUCAGAUAUUUUAAGAAUUAAAAAAAUCAUAAUAUGCGAUGUACGUUAAAUGAAGUUUUAGCACUCGACACGUUUAGAGUACAUUUAAAAUAAAUAAAUAGAUAAAAUAAAUUAAAAAGCCUUUAUUAAUAAGGAGUAUUACACUAGUGACAUAAGUAUACCAUAGAGUAACUUAUACAUACUGUACCUUAAACUGUUUUUGACAAGUUUUCACAGACAAUCAUUAAUCAAAUAUGACAUUGAUACAUCAAGGCGGUUUGUUUACAAAGGGCCUACCGGGAAACGCGAAAUCGAACUUCAGCUACCUGCCUCUUUAUCACUCGAAUAUGCAAGAGUGGUCUCUAUCACUCUUAGAGGUUAGAUAACAACAUUUCGACUCUUCGUUUGCGGUAGUCCGUUAGAUUUUGACUUAUUGUGGGAGCGACGCCACCUACGCAGUUUGGCGUAAUAUUCCCUAUUCUCUACGAGAUUAAAGUAUGUUGUAUGGAAUAUCAUUAAGUAUGUUUUAAAAAAGUUUGUUCGUAAAGACCCUAGGGGGCAGAUUUUUGAAUUUCUAGUUUCGUUCGUUUUCGAAUUUCGCUCGAUUUCGUCACACGGAAAUCGGUGGAAAAGGGCGAAAUGCAAAUUUUUGAAAUACGACCGAUAGAAAUUGGGAGUCAAGUGGUAUUGACCACUCGUUUUAAAUUAUAUUAGUAGAAUUUAAAUGCAAUGUACUCGAGAUAUUAUUGAACGAAAUACGCGAAAUCAAGCGGUCGAACUUCAAAAAUUGCCCCCCUGGGCCCUGUUUGGCUGAGCGCCUUCUCCAGUUUUCGCCAAGUUUUUCUAUCCUUGGCCUUCUGUGGCCAGUCCUUGCCAGCUGUAGCCACUAUUUCAUCGGUCCAUCUUUCUUUCGGCUUCCCGUGUUUCCUGGUCCCGGUGGGACCACGCCAUAGCGUGGUUAUUAUUGACUUCAACUUUAACCUUUUGGCCGCCGGACCUAGUCCGCAAAGACGCUCACUCACACGCCAGAGCAAAUUUUAAGUAAACAACUAAUAAAAAGUUUAGGGAUUGCAAAUAGUGAUAAUUUAUUAAUUUCCGCUACCCAAAGGUUGUCUGGAAGAGAUCGCUUUUUAGCGAUAAGACCGCCUGUUGUUUACCUCUGCCUGUAUUUCUGUUUUCUUUUGUAUUGUCUUAUUUUAUUGAGGUGUGCAAUAAAGAGUAUUUGUAUUGUAUUUGUAUUGUA